UCCGGUACCGCCGCUCACAUAUUAGUACAGCUUCCAAGAUGGCCUCGCAGUACUAUCAGGAGAUGCAGGAGAGCUUCAGAAAUAACAACAAAAGUCGAGAGUUCCCGGCUCACACGGCCAAAGUUCACUCGGUGGCGUGGAGCUGUGAUGGCAGGAGGCUGGCCUCCGGUUCUUUCGAUAAAACAGCCAGCGUGUUCGUCCUCGAGAAGGACCGUUUGGUGAAAGAGAACAACUACAGGGGUCACGGUGACAGCGUGGAUCAGCUCUGCUGGCAUCCAACGAACCCAGAUCUGUUCGUCACAGCGUCCGGAGACAAGACCAUUCGCAUAUGGGACGUCCGCACCACCAAAUGCAUCGCCACCGUCAAUACGAAAGGAGAGAACAUCAACAUCUGCUGGAGCCCCGACGGUCAGACCAUAGCGGUCGGGAACAAAGACGAUGUGGUGACCUUCAUCGACGCCAAGACGCAUCGCUCCAGGGCGGAGGAGCAGUUCAAGUUCGAGGUGAACGAGAUCUCCUGGAACAACGACAACGACAUGUUCUUCCUCACGAACGGCAACGGCUGCAUCAACAUCCUGAGUUAUCCAGAGCUGAAGCCCAUCCAGUCCAUCAACGCUCACCCGUCCAACUGCAUCUGCAUCAAGUUUGACCCCACAGGGAAAUACUUCGCCACAGGAAGUGCAGACGCCCUCGUCAGCCUGUGGGACGUGGAGGAACUGGUGUGUGUCCGCUGCUUCUCCAGGCUGGACUGGCCCGUGAGGACGCUGAGCUUCAGCCACGACGGCAAGAUGUUGGCCUCAGCGUCCGAGGAUCACUUCAUAGACAUCGCCGAGGUGGAGACGGGAGAGAAGCUGUGGGAGGUGCAGUGUGAUUCUCCGACCUUCACUGUCGCCUGGCACCCCAAGAGGCCGCUGCUGGCCUACGCCUGCGACGACAAGGAGGGCAAAUACGACAACAACCGGGAGGCGGGCACCGUCAAACUGUUCGGCCUUCCCAACGACUCCUGAGACGGGUCAGCCGAGGUUCUCCUGGAAGAACUAGUUAGCUCAAAUUCCUUAUGAUCAGUCAGACCUAAAGAGAGAGCAAAGUAAAGGAAGGAUCACAUGGACACAUGAAAGGAAACAUUGAAAACAUCUGGGCACAGCCUCACAGAUGCUCCUGCUUGCUGAUGCAGCAGUAACCUUUCGCCACCAGCAGAUGGCGCAGCUGUCCUAAGUUUCCUUUAAAAGGGCCUGCUUCCGUUUUUAUACGCAGAUAAAAACACAACUCCCAUUGCUGUAAUAUAUUGUUUUUAUGUUAAAUAUGCAUUGUGUUUUGAUAUUAAACUUGGUCUCUUUAUAAA